CUAGGCGUGAGUGAUGAAGGAACUUUGCACAUCCAAGGGCAUCCACGUGGGCGAAUCGCGCUAGGCGCGGGCCGGCCUAAGUGGAGCGAGUCAUCCCACCAGCUGUCGCGAGAUCCAGUGACGCCGCGUCGCGAUUGUGGACCACGAAGGUUUCGUCCCAUUGCCAUCAAAACAACAACACGAACGCCUCUCGUGCUCGCGCAGUCACACCCGACGAGCACUAUGACCUAUUCUUAUAUUUGCGCUAAGCGCAAUCUGAAGGACGGUGGCACUUGAUAAGAUGGGGGCCAGAUUCUGCGGCUCAGGCGCCCUGUCAAUCAAAGUGGCGUGGUUGACGAUUCCCCGUCCCGUGUACACGACCCUACUGGAAGUUUCCUUUCGUGUCCUGGCUCUCAUUGUUUUACUGGGCUACGAUGUUCUCCAACUUCGCCAGUGCAAUAUCUGGCAGUGCUUCAGAGAGGACAAGCAAAGAUGAAGGAGCUUCACUCACGUCGGUGCUCGAGACACCUACCCUACGCGUUGAAUUGGCUCUUCUCGUCCUCCUCAGUAUCGAUGUCAUGCGAAAUGAUCUCACGGCUACCUUCGAAGCAUACGACAACCCCGAACCGAAACCCUCCGUUGCAACCCGGCAGCCCGCACCCAAGACUGGAGCCCAGGCCCCAGAUCUCAUGGCCUUCGACGAGUCGAGAAAGACUACGAAACCAGCGCCUCCUACUAGGCAAACAUCACAUGAACAUGAGUCCACACAAAUGCAGGCUUUGCGACGGAGUGCCUUGACCUUCUUCGACAAAUGGCGGGCGAGCGUUAUGCAUCGCAUAUGCGAGGUCCUCUCUGUUCGGGGAGAGACUGUCCGGCAAGCCAAAGCAAAGCGGAAGCAAAUGCUAGACCAAGCCGACAGGCAAAAUCAGGGCAUCUCUUCGCUCAUCGAUUUCGACGAUCUCGAUCCCUUCGCAAACGCGACUCCCACACGACCCAAGAACCCAAGACACGGACACUAUGAGGUGAUUGAGACUAGACUGCUGGCUCUUGAGCAAGACAAGCGCGUGCUGGUGUUACACUGCCUCUUGCUGCUCCUAUUGAGCUUGGAGCAAUACUCGGCGUAUUCGCGCAUUUUGCUGCUACGUCUCGCAAGCAGUCUGAAACUAGAGGCUGAUUUGCUCGCCGAGCAUGAGAAAUCGGUUGCACAAGGUCUCUUGGCGACGGCUGCCUCUCAGAUGGACGCCGAAGCGACAGCCAAGACCCAGGCGUCAAAUGAUGCUGUGUCACGCCGUUGGAAGGUUGGUCUCGCGACUGUGGGUGGUGCGGUCUUGAUUGGUGUUACUGGUGGCCUUGCUGCGCCUUUACUGGCCGCGGGCCUGGGUACUGUCAUGGGUGGACUGGGCCUUGGAGUCGUUUCAACGUACCUUGGUGCGUUAGCGGGCAGUUCAGUGCUCGUUGGAUCACUAUUCGGAGCCUACGGUGCGAAGAUGACAGGGCGUUUGAUGGACCAGUAUGCGAAAGAGGUUCAGGAUUUUGAGUUUCUUCCAGUCCAAGAUCCCGAUCGACCGACGGUUCAACGUGAGCUCGAUUGGGCUGAUGAGCAAGAUGCUCGUGACCCCCAGAAACGUGAACAGCACCGAUUGCGCGUAUCCAUUGGUGUCAGCGGCUGGCUAAGCUCGCCCUCCGACGUCAGUAAGCCCUGGGAGGUCGUCGACUCUGGCACAACUGAGCCAUUCGCAUUGCGUUUCGAGCUUGACGCCAUGCUGCGUCUCGGCAACUCCCUCAACGACGUACUCUUCGGAUACGCUUUCGAUGGUGUCACAUACACUGUCGUCAGUCGUACGCUUCUUGGCGCGCUGUACGCAGGUCUGUGGCCUCUUGGCCUUGUCAAAGCUGCCAGUGUCUUGGAUAACCCCUUUCUUGUUGCACUCGCACGAGCCGACAAGGCUGGUAAGGUGCUUGCACAUGCUCUUAUCGAUGGAGUGCAAGGGAAGCGACCUGUCACACUUACUGGAUACUCAGUAGGUGCACGUGUCGUAUACGCGUGUCUGAUCGAGCUUGCAGAACAACAUGCGUUCGGUCUUGUGGAGUCAGCCGUUCUCAUGGGUACACCUGCUCCUGCCAACAGCAAGCGUUGGAGGCAGAUACGAUCGGUCGUUGCGGGUCGCGUCGUCAAUGUUCAUAGUACAGAAGACUACGUACUCGGCUUUCUUUAUCGGUCGGCAAAGCUACAGGUAGGUGUCGCUGGUCUACAAAAGAUCGAAAAUGUCCAUGGCGUGGAGAAUAUCGAUGUAAGCAAGCUUGUCAGUGGCCACGACCAGUAUCGGUAUCUGGUCGGUACGAUACUGGUCAAGGUUGGACUCGGCGAUGUGGACUUCAACAAGGUAGCUGAGCAAGAACGUGCUCUCGAAGAGGCGGAAAGGCGAAAGAAACAAGCUCAAAAGGAGGCCAAACGCAAGGCAACGACUGAGAAAACAAAAGAGCCUGUCGUCAAGCCUCAGCCCCGAAGUCGGCCGGUUGCUGCGACUCAGGACUCUUCGAACUCUCUGAUAGAUCUUACAGAGCCAGAGCCGACUAAAGCAUCAGUCUCCAACAGCGAUCUAUCUGGUCUUUCCUUCACCUCAACUGGUGUACCCGCGACUGAGCGACCCUCUCUCAAUGUCGAAGCAUCAGUCCCGGCUCGCCAUAAAAUGCACACGGAAGAACCCAGAAGCACACCCGAUACCAAAACAGAUUCUUUUCCUCAACUACACGACCAGUUCAGUCCCGAGAACUCGACUGUUCGACUGCAAAAGAAAGGAACUGAAGUUGCUGUUACCGAGGUUCUUGUCGUGGAAGGAAGUGACUCUGCUAAGGCUGAGAGUGUUGGUAACGAGCAUGACGAUGAAUUUGACGACUUCGACUACGAUGCUGAAGAAGUGAGUAGCGAGUUCGGAGAACUCAGCAUGGUAGAGCCACUGCCUAUGGACGAUUUCGAUUAUGGCUUGAUGUAAGGGCAUGUUGCAAAGCUCGAUUAGCGAUACCCACCGGCUCAUUCCCUGAGAGCUUCAGGGUCAGCGCAUGUGUUGAGAUCAUAAUGAGAGAACUCGUGCAUAUAGUCAUGUGUCCAAGUGAACGUAGACCAAUCACGUCCUUAUAAGGGCUCGCAAGAUCCACC